AUGCACGCAUGCCCCAAUGAUUGCAUCUUGUAUAGGAAGGAGUAUGAGGAUUUAACUCAUUGUCCUAAUUGUGGUAUCUCAAGGUGGAAGGAAGGCAAAGAUUCAAUCUUGAAAGAGGGUGUGCCAGCGAAGGUGGUGUGGUAUUUUCCUCCAAUUCCAAGGUUUAAAAGGAUGUUUCGAUCACAUGAGACCGCUAAGAGUUUGACUUGGCAUGCUGCUAGAAAAUCAAUUGACGGUUAUAUGUCUCAUCCAGCGGAUUCCCCGUCUUGGAAACUUCUUGAUGAUAAAUGGCCCGAGUUUGGUAAUGAGCCGAGAAACUUGAGAUUGGCUCUUUCAUCUGAUGGAUUCAAUCCCCACAGUUCUCUAAGUAGCAGAUAUAGUUGCUGGCCAGUUAUCUUAGUUACAUAUAAUCUCCCUCCAUGGCUGUGCAUGAAACGAAAGUUCAUGAUGUUGACCUUAUUGAUUUCCGGUCCUAAACAGCCCGGAAAUGAUAUAGACGUCUACUUGGAGCCUUUGAUUGAUGAUUUAAAAUCUUUGUGGGAUGGGAUUGGAGGAGUGUAUGAUGCACAUAAUGGAGAAUACUUUACACUCAGAGCUGCAUUAAUGUGGACAAUUAAUGAUUUCCCCGCCUAUGGAAACUUAUCUGGUUGUGUUGUUAAAGGAUAUAAAGCUUGUCCAAUAUGCGGCGAUGAUACACCUAGUCACAGGUUGAAAAAUGGCCACAAAAUUUGUUACAUUGGGCAUAGAAAAUGGUUACCGAUCAAUCAUCCAUAUAGGAGGCAACGUGCAGCUUUUAAUGGGAAACCUGAAUAUGGCACGCCUCCUGAGCCAUUAACCGGAGAAGAAGUGCUGCAUAUGGUUGAAGAUGGUGACAGAGUUUGUUGGAAGAAGAAAUCAAUAUUCUUUGAUCUCGAGUAUUGGAAAUACCUUCCUGUGAGGCAUGUCCUAGAUGUUAUGCACAUUGAGAAGAACGUUUGCGAUAGUAUCAUUGGUACAUUGCUGGAGAUCCCUGGAAAAAAUAAAGAUGGGAUUGCUGCUCGAUUAGAUUUAUUGAACAUGGGGGUCAAAACUGAUUUGCAACCCGAGUAUGGAGAAAGACGUACUCGUUUGCCUCCCGGGCCUUGGAAUUUGUCAAGAGCAGAGAAGAGAGAGGUUUGCAAUUCUUUCUAUGGUAUGAAGGUCCCUGAAGAUUCAAGACUUCUUGGCCUUAAAUCACAUGAUUGUCAUACCUUAAUGCAACAAUUGCUCCCUGUGGCAAUUCGUUCUGUUUUGGAGAAGCCUGCAAGAUAUAUGAAAGUGCUAAAGGGGUAUGUUCAGAAUCGUACUCGUCCCGAAGGUUGCAUUGCUGAGCGGUAUAUAGCUGAAGAAGCUGUAGAGUUUUGUACCGAGCAUUUAUCUGAUGUUAGUACAGUUGGAGUGCCUUCAAGCCAAAAGAUGGGAGUUUCAAAGCCAUUAUCAGGUUGCACAGUGAGCGUAGUUGAUCGGGACCUGUUGAACCAAGCACAUCUAUAUGUCUUGGAGAAUACGGAGGAAGUCCUACCUUAUAUCGAGCAACAUAUGAUCCACAUCCAGACCGCUUAUCCAAAAUUUAGAAAGAGAACAAAGUGGCUGCAGGAUAAGCACAAUAGCACUUUCAUUCAAUGGCUACGCUUCAAGGUUCAAAGUGAACUUAAUGAGGAGACAAUCAUGGCGUAUCAGAAAAUUUAA